AGGGGAUGAGCUCACUCAAGAAGAGUGUAGGAAGAAAAAGAGAAGCUUCUCUGCUCUCAGAAAGAAUUACUGACAUUAAGCAUGUAGGUGAAAAGAGAAACAGAAAAGAAGACAGAAAUGGUCAGAGUAGGACAAUGAGGCAAAAAGGGGCUAUCAAAGGUGUAGGAAGUAGAUUGAGGAAACCCAAGGAAGCCACAGACAGGCAGCACAUCCCGUCAUUCUGGCCUUCCCAAGCUGCUGGAGAGAGCAGGGGCAUCCCUGCAGCUGGGCACAGGCAUCAUCUCCUUUGCGGCUCCUAGACUUCUCCCAAAGGAGUUCAUCAAUUUCUAUUCACGCACUGACACCUGUCCUGGAACUUGACUUCUGAUGCCCUGUGGCUGGGGUUGAGGGAGGGUGGAACAGGGCGUUGCCACAGACUUCCUCAUAUAUAGAUACACACACAAACACACUCCUGAUCUCUGACCCAUCUCGGGCAGGAAAGUUGCAGAGCUUCCCAAUUCUGCUUCAUCCACCACCCUCGCUGGUGGUUCCAGACUUCAGAAAGUUCUUAAUGAUGAAUCCUUGACUUCUAGCCUCCUUCUUUCCCCACCACUCCCCAGGCUGAGAUCAUCCAGCCCCGAGCUCUGCGCCUGCCAUGUGCCUUCUGGGAUACCCACUUGGAACCAUAUAUUCCAUGAGUUAAUGGUGUCACUAUCACCUUCUCUUCUAUAUCAAUAAUUUUACCUUAAUCUUCUCAUUUAGUACUUAAAAAGGGACCUAAAAAAACAACUAGUCUUCUCUGCCUUCCCCUACUUUUUUAUUGGUGUUGUCGAAGUUGCAGAAACGAGAUCACAGCGGAAACGGGAUGUAGCUAGGAUCACACAGUCAGCCAGAGUCAGGACUAAAUCCAAGCCCCUGAGUCUGAGGCAGUAGAGAAUAGUGAUUCUGAACAGAGAGAGGCCAGGGGCAGAUCACCCCAACUCUGCCACUUAGCUGCUUGACCUUGGGCAAGCCAUUUAACCUCUCCAUGCCUCACCCUUCCCCUGAAAAUGGGGAUGAUAUGGGUAUCUCUUUCAUAGAGCUGCUGUGAGGGUUAAAUAACCCAAUAUUUGGGAAGCACUUUGCACAGAGGCUGGCACAUUCUAUAAUAAGUCUGCUGUGAUUAUUUCUACUUUGCCCUGGUCUGCACAUCUUGCUUUUAAAAACAUCUUUCUUCUGCUUUCUUAAUUCCCGUUCUCCUUAGCACUCCUCUCAUUUAUCCGUCUUUAAUCCCUGUCUCUGCUUCUCAGGAGGGGAGGGUUGGGUUUGGGGAGAAAGGGAGAGUGACUAUAGAGGCUGGAACUUGCUUGACAGCCAGGGAGUGCCUGCCGUGGUAACACAGGAACAUGUAGCCUGCGCAUGUUAGUGUAACAAUCACACGGCAUCCAUGCUAGUCAGUUACACACCGUCACUCAACAGUCUCUGGGUAUCUCAUGCCCACACUCAAUCAGCCCAGACCCCUGUGGCUUCAGAAAUAUCUUGGCCCCUCGUCAGGUGGAGCUCAUACCCAAACCCAUCCCAGGCAAGUCUCUCUCUGUCUGGCCAGCUUGUGUCUUCAACUCCCUCAGAGCCUGGCUUGGCGUUGGAAGUUUUCAGCCCAGGAAGCCUGAGCGAAGUGGGCACCUUCGAGGGAUUUUGAUCCAGAACCAUUCAGGAGAGACUGUGAUGGUAGACCCCCUACACACACGCACUGACACUUGUGUGCACAUGAGCAGAUAGGCUUGAGUCUUCGGCUCACAAACUUCUUCCACGUUCCCGAUUGCCCACCUCGUCCAAAGUCUCUUGAGGCGCUUAGAGAAAGGAUUGAUACCUAUUUGACUGAGGAAGCUGAGGCCAGCGAAGAAUAGUACUUUGCUUGAAGGCAAGGAUGUGAUAGAGUCGAGCAAAUGUAGGGCCCUUGCGUCCCAGCCUCGAACAUUUCUGUUUCACCGCAGCUGCGAGCUGCGAGCCCAGAAGGCGGCUCAGAUCAAUGUGCGCUGAAUUCACGCCCCCUACCCACCCUACCCGAUCCCGCCAAAGCCACUGCCUCCCCUGUGGCGGCCGCUGGGGAAAAGGGAGAGAACUGCCAUAGCUUGUCUCUUUAAUGCGCGCCCCCAGAGGCCCGGCGCGCCCCCGCCACUAUAACUGGAGUGCAUGGAGCAGGCUACGCUCAGAGGAGGAAGGGCGGGCGCUGGACACCCGUUGACUGACUUUUCCAAGUGCGAUCACUGCCCAUCCGUCCUGCCUCCAUGGACCCGCCCGGGAACGGCCACCGCUGAGGACCCCACGCCUACUAGGAUCCCGGCUGGGUCUCACCCAGCUACCGCACCGUGACCCCCGCGGGCUGUGCCGGCUCCCGGCGCCUCUGCCCGCAGCGCUCGCCGUCGGGCUAGGGCUCCGCCGCCGCCACGCCUCGCGCCCCGCACUCACCGCCCCAUGCUGGUGCACACCUACUCCGCCAUGGAGCGCCCCGACGGGCUGGGCGCAGCUGCCGGCGGGGCCCGCCUGUCCUCUCUGCCCCAGGCUGCCUACGGGCCGGCGCCCCAGCUCUGCCACACGCCAGCCGCCGCAGCUGCCGCCGACUUCCAGCCGCCCUACUUCCCGCCGCCCUACCCGCAGCCACCGCUGCCCUACGGUCAGGCGCCCGACGCCGCCGCAGCCUUUCCCCACCUGGCAGGGGACCCGUAUGGCGGCCUGGCGCCCCUGGCGCAGCCGCAGCCUCCUCAGGCCGCCUGGGCCGCUCCCCGCGCAGCCGCCCGCGCCCACGAGGAGCCUCCCGGCCUGCUAGCACCGCCCGCCCGCGCCCUGGGCCUUGACCCGCGCCGUGACUACGCCACCGCCGUGCCCCGGCUCCUGCACGGCCUGGCCGACGGCGCGCACGGCCUGGCAGACGCACCGCUCGGCCUUCCGGGGCUGGCGGCGGCCCCCGGUCUGGAGGACCUGCAGGCGAUGGACGAGCCGGGAAUGAGCCUCCUAGACCAGUCCGUGAUCAAGAAAGUGCCCGUCCCCUCCAAAGCCAGCAGCCUCUCAGCCCUCUCCUUGGCCAAAGACAGCCUGGUGGGCGGCAUCACAAAUCCUGGUGAGGUCUUCUGCUCCGUGCCUGGCCGGCUGUCACUGCUCAGCUCAACGUCCAAGUACAAGGUGACGGUGGGGGAGGUGCAGCGGCGACUCUCGCCUCCCGAGUGCCUCAACGCCUCCCUCCUGGGGGGUGUCCUCCGCAGGGCCAAGUCCAAAAAUGGGGGCCGGUGUUUGCGGGAACGGUUAGAGAAGAUUGGGCUCAACCUGCCAGCUGGCCGUCGCAAGGCCGCCAAUGUGACGCUGCUGACUUCGCUAGUGGAAGGAGAGGCCGUGCACCUGGCCCGAGACUUCGGUUAUGUCUGUGAGACGGAGUUCCCAGCCAAGGCAGCCGCCGAGUACCUGUGCCGACAGCACGCUGACCCAGGGGAGCUGCACAGCCGCAAGAGCAUGCUGCUGGCCGCCAAAACAUCCAGUCCUCCCACCUAACGCAGUCCUUCAAACUGACAACUCCACCUUCCUGCCUUUGAGGCUUUCCUCAAGUGCCCAAGGCAGAAGAGGAAGCACAGACUCCUGGGACUGCCAAAUGGAGAGACCUCUGAGGCUGCUCAUACUGUGGCUGGAGAAACCUAGCCAGGGCGGGGCUCACCUCGUUCACUAAUCAGCUCAUUCAUCAAGCACUUCGUGGGUCUCAGUCCUGUCUAAGAUACUGGCUGGCUUUCAUGGUGACACAAAGAUGAAUGAUGAGUGAUUCUCUUGCCUGAGCCACACACAGGACGCACAAAGGAAUGAAUAAUGAAUGGCUGCAAACUAGAGCUAGGUUCAAAUCCCAGCUCGGUCACCUUGACAGGUCAUCCAACCUGUCUGAAACCAGUAUCCUUGUCCGUAUGAUGGGGAUAAUAAUAGUAUAGACUUGUUAUGAAGAUUAAGAUGAUGCAGUGUGGUUGGCACAGCAUCCAGCCUUCAAUUAUAUUCACUGCUAGUUAUUAUUUCUGGCAGAUUCUGGAUUGUUUCCUAAUAGCUUCAAAGACAAAGUUCUGUGAAGCACUGGGUGUUUGGGGUGGGAGAGGGAAUCCAGGAAAGUUUCCUAUAUAAGGUAGUAAGUAGCUGAGCUGCACUUUGAAUAUGGGCUGGACAUCCAAAAAAGAAAGAUUAUAGGGUGAUCGACAUGUGCUGUUUAUUAGCUGUGUGAUACUGGGCUAGUCAAAUGACUUCUCUGAACCUUAGUUUCCUUUUCUGUAAAAAAUAGUAUGGUCAUCAUUUGCAGACUGUUGGGAGGGUCAGCAAUUGUGUAGCUAAUGUCUGUAAAAUGCCUACCAUGUAGUAGGUCCUUCUCUGGGCUCAGACUUUUGUCCUCCAACCUCUGACCCUCCUUCUCCCACCAGGCAGAUCUGCAAGGAGUUUGCAGACUUGAUGGCUCAGGACCGCUCACCCCUGGGCAACAGCCGUCCAGCACUCAUCCUAGAGCCCGGAGUACA